CUUUCAAGUUUAUUUUACACAUUCUGGUGCACGUACACAGCGCACAUGUGCAUGCACGCGUAAAUACACACAUUGGGGUACAGCGGCAGCACAUGUCCACUGUCAGGAUACGGGAAUCGACACGCACAUGCACCCUGACAAAAGGAAGUGGCGAGGCACACUGAGUGAGCAGUUCUGAGCAGGCAGCGCAGAGGAGUGGGCUGAUCCGCGACUGUCUAGAGGGACAGUCUGCAGUUCAAACAUCUGGACAAGCCGCACGCCACCAUGGCUGCAUGUCUGAUCCUCCUCUCUCUGGCUGUCAGUGUUUUGGGACAAGACCUGCCAUCAGGCCCUCAUGGAUGCACAGAAGGAAGCUGCUAUCCUGCAACUGGAAACCUUCUGAUAGGACGAGCUGUCAACCUCACCGCCUCCUCAACUUGUGGCCUCUAUGGUCCGGAGCACUACUGCAUCGUCAGCCACCUUCAGGAGUCAGACAAGUGUUUCGAAUGCAACUCCCAGCACCGCUAUCACCCGGACCGACACAGGAACAGCCAUCGGAUUGAAAAUGUCAUCUACCUGAUGGACAGCCAGGGAGACAACACCUGGUGGCAGUCUGUGAAUGGACAGGAGAGCGUGAGCAUCCGACUGAACCUGGAGGCUGAAUUCCAUUUCACCCAUCUCAUCAUGAAGUUCAAGACUUUCCGCCCAGCCGCCAUGAUGAUCGAGCGAUCGGCAGAUUUCGGGAGAACAUGGCGUCCCUAUCGUUACUUUGCUUCCAACUGCACAAAGACUUUUCCUGGCAUUCCAGCCAACGGCCUCCGGCACAUCAACGAUAUCAUCUGUGAGGAGCGCUACUCUGACAUUGAACCCUCCACGAACGGAGAGGUCAUUUAUAAAGUGCUGGAUCCUGCCAUCUCUGUCAAAGACCCCUACAGUCUGGACAUCCAAGAACUUUUGCGCAUCACCAACCUGCGCAUCAACCUGACCAAGCUCAACACUCUCGGAGAUGAUCUGCUGGACCGACGCUCAGAUGUUCUGCAGAAAUAUUAUUAUGCUAUUUAUGAGCUGGUGGUUAGAGGGAGCUGCUUCUGUUACGGACACGCCUCAGAGUGCGCUCCAGUGCCGGGAGUGGACACGAGGGAGACAGGCAUGAUCCAUGGACGCUGUGUGUGUAAGCAUAACACAGAGGGUCUGAACUGUGAGCGCUGCCGAGAGUUCUACCAAGAUCUGCCAUGGAGGCCAGCCGAGGUGGAAAAUCCUCACACCUGCAGAGAGUGUAACUGCAAUGGCCACUCAGGGCGCUGUCACUUCGACAUGGCCGUGUAUUUGGCCACUGGGAACGUUAGUGGGGGAGUGUGCGACGACUGCCUGCACAACACAAUGGGACGCAACUGCGAGAUGUGCAAACCCUUCUACUUCCAGGACCACAACCGAGACAUUAGAGACCCAAGUGUUUGUGUUGCUUGUGACUGUGACCCGGUGGGGUCAUUGGAGGGCGGAGUCUGUGACAGUCACACCGACCUGGACAUGGGGAUGAUUGCCGGACAAUGUCGCUGCAAAGCUCACGUGAAGGGGCUGCGGUGUGACGACUGCAAGGAGGGCUAUUAUGGUCUGAGCCAGAACGACCCACUUGGCUGUCAGCCGUGCAACUGCGACCCCCGUGGCAUAAUCAUGAUGGAUGCACCAUGUGACCAGAUCAGUGGAGAUUGUGCGUGCAAGCGAUAUGUGACCGGUCGCUACUGCAACCAGUGUCUGCCUGAGUACUGGGGACUGAGCAACGACCUGGCAGGCUGCAGACCAUGUGACUGUGACUUUGGUGGCGCCUUCAACAACAGGUGCAUGAUGGAGAGCGGGCAGUGCGAUUGCAGGAGGCACCUGACUGGUCGACAGUGUUCCGACGUGCAGCCCGGCUACUUCUGUGCUCCUCUUGACCACUACAAGUAUGAGGCAGAAGAUGCCACUGGACACUCUCCAAUUGAUUCCAUUCUGCCAGGUCAAGUUCGUCCCCAGGCAGAAACUGACUGUGUUGAGCACCUCAAUAACCAGCUGAAGCGUCACCGGCGGCACCGGCGAAUCUCCAAUUCACAGCAGCAUCGUGCAGCUCUGAGGCGCAUUCGCCAGCUGCAGCAAACGCCUGACGUGCGGGUUGCCCACAGAGAACACAUUCCCAGCCACAUGGUGACUUGGACCGGACCUGGUUUUGCGCGAGUCAAAGAUGGCGCCGGCCUCGUGUUCACCAUCAGCGACAUUCCUUAUGCCAUGGAGUACGACAUCAUGAUCCGCUAUGAACCGGAAUCCACAGAGAACUGGGAGGCCGUUGUCAGCAUCACGUCUGUCAUGCUGCCGUCCAGUCUUCGAUGUGGAAAUCUUUUACCAACAGAGCAGCUUUACACAGUGACGCUGCCACAUCACCACAGAUACGUCAAGAUGCCUCGGCCCUUCUGCUUCGAGCCCAGCAAUCGUUACAUUGUUGCCAUCAGGUUCCAGCGCCAUGAUGUGACACAUCGGCAUCUCACAGCUUUUAUCUUGAUCGACUCACUUGUUCUGAUCCCAAAGUACACGGAACUUCCUGGUUUCCAAGGCCUUGAACUUGAAGCUGAGCAGCGUCGCGAGGACAUGAUUCGCUACAUGUGUCUGGACUCCUUCAUGAUCACUCCGAUGCCGAAGCUGGCUGAGAUGUGCUCCAAGCUCAUCUGCAGUAUCUCCUCCAUCAUCCAUGACGGCGCUUUGGCCUGCGAGUGCGACCCGCAGGGCUCCCUCACUGGUGAGUGUGAAAAGGUCGGAGGUCAGUGCCGAUGUAAGCCCAACGUUAUGGGGAGGAACUGUGACCGCUGCGCCCCAGGGACCUUCGGCUUUGGAGUUCAAGGCUGCACCGCUUGUGACUGCCAUUCAGAGGGUUCUCUCAGUCACCAGUGUGACCCAGUCACUGGUCAGUGCCAGUGCAGGCAGGGGGCCACUGGACGCCAGUGCUCCGACUGUCAGCCCGGUCAGUGGGGUUUCCCAAACUGCAGCCCCUGUCAGUGCAACGGACAUGCAGACGUCUGUGAUUCCCUAACUGGAGAGUGUAGAAGCUGCAGGGACUUCACCACGGGUCACUUUUGUGAACGGUGUGAGGAUGGAUUUUAUGGAAACCCAGUGCUUGGCUCUGGGGAGCACUGCCGGCCGUGCCCCUGCCCGGGGAACCCUGGAUCCAGCCAUUUCAACGCUCACUCCUGCCACCCUGACGCCUCCUCUAAUCACAUCAUCUGCAACUGCAGGGAGGGAUACACUGGGCCGCGCUGUGACCAGUGCGCUCCUGGCUACUAUGGCAACCCAGAACAAGCGGGUGGACAGUGUUUACCAUGUGGCUGCAGCGGAAAUAUCGACACCCAAGACCCAGAUUCAUGUGACCCCAAGACCGGCCGGUGCCUCAAGUGUUUGUACAACACAGAUGGACCGUCUUGUGCAGAAUGCCAGCAUGGUUACUACGGCAACGCUUUGGCCCAUGACUGCAGGCGAUGCACCUGUGUGACCGCCGGGACGCUUCAGUCAGCUUGUAGUGAUGGUCAGUGUCACUGUGACCGUCAGACGGGAGCCUGCCCCUGCAGAGAGAACGUGUCUGGUCACAACUGUGACCAGUGCGCUCCGAACCACUGGAACUAUGGGCAGGACCAAGGCUGCGAACCCUGCGGCUGCGACAUGCAGCACUCCCUGGGGGCGCACUGUAAUAUGUUCACAGGCCAGUGCCACUGUCAACAAGGAUUUGGUGGUCGGAACUGCAAUGAGUGUGAGCAGUUCCACUGGGGCGACCCUCAGGUCCUGUGUCGAGAGUGCAACUGCCACCCUCUAGGCUCAGAGAUCGCUCAGUGCGACCGGGCCACCGGGGCGUGCGAGUGCAAGGAGGGAGCUGCAGGACGACACUGUGACCAGUGUGCCCGGGGAUACACUGGCCUCUUCCCUAACUGUGUCCAGUGUCACGCCUGCUUCCAGCUCUGGGAUGAUGCGGUGUGUCAGAUCAAAAGAGACCUGGAACACAUUCAGUACACCACGCAGAAGAUCUUGGAGAGCGGCGUCACGCCCGGUCUGGGAGACAGCCGCUUGAAAGACCUGGAGAAGAAGCUGCAGCAGGUGCAGGAUCUGAUCAGUCGACAGGACAGCGAUCGCCUCUAUCAGCUGAUUGGACACAGCAUUGAUGACCUGAGAGCGGAGAUAGCUCUGACUGAUGGGCGUCUGAUGGGAGUAGCACGAGAGCUGAACGCAACGGCGGAGGAGGAGGAGGCGCUGAAAAGUAUCCUGGCUGACCUGGAGAGAGAGAUGAUGGACCUCAACAGCACUUUAGCUUACAAGAAGCAGCAGAUGGACGACUACCUCUCCUCAGGAUUUACAGAUCAGUAUGAGAAAGUGAAGAAGUACUACCGGGAGUCAGUAGCUGCGCAGGAGAAGUGCAACGCUUCAGUGUCUGGUCCUCAGAGUCCCGUCCAGCAGUCUGAGGAGACUCGCUCCCUCGCUGAAGACCUGCUCGACGCCAAUAAAGACAAGGUCCUCCGCACCAUAGCGGCUCACAACAAGUCUCUGGAGGAGCUUCAGCAGAAAGCCCACGACCUGGAAAAGGAGGUGCACCAUCUGAGCGACAAGGUGUGUGGUGGCCGGGGAAACGCCAGCACCAAUGGAAGUUGUGACGACAGUCAGUGCGGAGGUGCAGGCUGCCGAGACGAUGAGGGCAGGCCUGUGUGUGGAGGGGAGGGAUGCAACGGGACCGUGACUGCUUCAACCACGGCGCUGAAUUACGCCAACAAUGCUACAGAGAGCCUGAACGCAGCCAGUGAGGAGCUACAAGGCAUCGCCAGAAAGCUCCAGGAUAUUGCCUCUCUGACCCGAGACGUGAAGAACCAGGCCAUGAACACGCUGGAGAAGGCCCAGAAGAAGAAUGAGAACUUUGAAAACUCCAACAGGAAGCUGAAAGAGUUCAUUAAAAAGAUCAAAGAUUUCCUCACUGAGGAGGGAGCAGAUCCAGAGAGCAUAGAGAAGGUGGCCCUGAAGGUCAUGUCCAUCAAACUUCCUGUGAACAAGACGACUGUGGACAAAAUGAUCAUGGAGAUAAAGGAGGGUCUGACCAACAUCUCGGACAUCGAGGGGAUCGUGAACCAGACAGCACAACACAUCAGCAAGGCUAAGCAGCUCCUGGAAGAUGCAAAAGAAGCCAAGGUCCGAGCAGAGGGAGUGAUGGACCUGGCCAACAGUACCAAGCAGGCGCUGGAGGUGUCGGAGAAAGCCAUUGAGAAAGCACAGGCGGCUCUGAAAGAGGCGCAGAACAACCUGAACAGCACCAGAAAUGCCACUGCGGAGGUGGAUGAGAGGCUGACGCAGCUGGAGGACAAGCAGAUGGAGGUGAUGAUGCGUCUCGCCAACCUCUCCCAGGGAGUGGAAGGUCUGAGGAACAAGACGCAGCAGAACAGAGAGAUGGCGAUGGAGGCCAAAGCACAAGCAGAAAACGCCACGCGGGAGGCAUCGUCUCUGGACCAGAGUCUCAAGGACACAGAGGAGAGGUAUCGUGAGCUGCAGAACAAGGUGGACUCUCUCGGAGGAGAGUCUGGAGGUCUGGGCAGUGUCAAGAACAUAGCCAAUGAGAUGAAGAGGGAGGCGGAGGACCUGCUGAACAAAGCUAACAAAGGCUUGGAGCAGCUCAGAAAACUGGAGAGGAAGUUCAGAAGUAAUGAACAGCGGCUGGAGAAGCAGCGCACUGAGCUGGACCAGCUGAAGCACAACGCCACCAAGGUGCGGGAUGACAUCAGGGAACAGGUGCAGUUGUACAGUAGCUGUGUGUGACGACCGGCGCCCCAGCCAGUCAUGUGACUGGGACGAGAAAAAACACGACAACACGAGAUGCUGCUCGCCAACAGCUGUUUGAUGUUUCACUCCGCACACAUUCAGUGUUAAACCAGCAAAAUGCCAAUGUCACUGUACUGUAAGAUACACAAAUCCAGGUGCUCUUCAUGUCAUUAAGCUAUUAAGAUUGUCCAUUUUGUAUAGUCUAUUAUUAUGAACUGCUAUCAUCAACAGAAAAUAUAUUUCAGUUUGUUGUCAUGCAUUUGUGAUUUGAACACAAUGCUCUUUUGAGAUUUUCUUUUUAUUAUUUUAAACCCAACAUUCCUCAAAAGAUGGACUUUUUUCCUGUUUUUUUAUUAAACUUGAUUGUUAUUAUUAAAGUAUAAAGAAAUAUUGUUAUCUGCUAUUUCAUUCGUGAUG